CCAUAGUCCUCUGUUUGGACUUUUGGAAGAAAGACGAUCUCCUAUAUCAGUAUGGUUUGCAGACGGAUCUUUUGUGAGUCUGAGAAAGAGGAGGAAGAACUUGUAAAUCUGAAUGUUGGAGGUUUUAAGCAAAGUGUGGAUCAAAACACUCUGCUCAAAUUUCCCCACACAAGACUUGGGAAACUGAUCAGUUGCCACUCUGAAGAAGCUAUUCUUGAACUGUGUGAUGAUUACAAUGUAGCCGACAAGGAGUACUAUUUUGACAGGAAUCCUUGUUUGUUCCGGUACGUUUUAAAUUUUUACUACACUGGAAAGCUUCAUGUAAUGGAGGAACUGUGUGUUUUCUCUUUCAGUCAGGAAAUUGAAUACUGGGGGAUCAAUGAGCUAUUUAUUGACUCUUGCUGUACUAACAGAUAUCAGGAAAGAAAAGACGAUGUUGUAGACAAGGCUUGGGAGCAAACAAGUACUGUAAGCACAGACUCAUCCUUUGAAGAGAUGUCAGCCUUUAACAAAGAUUUAGAGAAGUUUGAUGGAACAUGGUUAGCUGAUAUUAGAAAAAAGGUGUGGAUUCGGCUUGAAAACCCUGCUUAUUCAUGUUCAGCAAAACUGUUUGCUAUCUGCUGUUUGUGUGUUGUGUUAACUUCAAUCGUGGCCAUGUGUGUUCACAGCAUGCCUGAGUUCCAUAAAUUUGAUGUCAAUGAAAAGCAGGUUGAGGACCCUGUACUAGCAGUAAUCGAGGUUGUGUGCAUUUCUUGGUUCAGUGCUGAAUUUGCACUGCGACUUGCCGCGGCUCCCUCUCCCAAAAGGUUUUUCAAAAACCCUUUGAACAUCAUUGAUUUUGUUUCUAUUAUUCCAUUUUAUGCAACUUUAGCUGCAGACACAGUGGACAGCAUGGAUGAAGAAAGUGAAGACUUGGAGAAUGUUGGAAAAGUAGUUCAAAUUCUGCGCCUUAUGAGGAUAUUUCGCAUCCUUAAGCUCGCACGACACUCCGUUGGACUUCGUUCCUUAGGGGCCACUUUAAGACAUAGUUACCAUGAAGUUGGCCUUUUACUUUUAUUCUUGGCUGUUGGAAUUUCCAUAUUUUCUGUUCUUGUUUUCUCUGUGGAAAAGGAUGAAGAUGAUUCCUUUUUACAUAACAUCCCUGUAUGUUGGUGGUGGGCUACAAUCAGUAUGACAACUGUUGGGUAUGGGGACACACUCCCUGUUACCUUAUGUGGGAAACUAAUUGGCAGCCUCUGCAUACUCUGUGGUAUACUGGUUGUGGCCCUGCCAAUUACCAUCAUUUUCAAUAAAUUUUCCAAAUACUACCACAGACAGAAAGCUUUGGAAGUGGACCGGAAUAAUGAGGAUCAUAAUGAUCCCUGUGCUGAAGUACCGUAUGUUAACAUUAGGGAUGCAUAUGCCAAAAAAGUACACUCUUUUCUUGCUAGUCUUUCUUCAGUUGCAAGUACACCUAGUGAUUAUGACUCCAUAAAUGCCUCCAGCAUUGGCAUGGUCACUGUUUGCAAUAAUGGACCUAUGGAAAAUGGUACAGCAAAGUAAUGCAUACUUCUUCACAGUUGUUUGUUUGCAUAGGAGUAUGAUUACUGUUGGGAUUGUUUUAAGCACUUUUUUCUCAGGGGUCAUGUUACAGCCAUAGUGAGACAUUUCUUCCUUUUCAGCAUGGAAUGCAGCUGACUCUAUUUUAUUUUCUUUUGAGUAGGCAACCACCUAACUCUGAUAAUUCCUUUUUUUUAUUGAAAAAAAAAAACAUAACAAAACAAAAUUGCCAUAUUAGGGAAAAUUUAGACACUUGAAUGUAUUCAGUUUCGCCUCUUUUCUAGUCACUAUAAAUGAUGAGCAUGGCAGAUACUCAUCUAGUAACUAAUUGUUAUACACAGCAUGUGUCAAGCACUUUGGAAAGCAGUGAGACAGUGAGCAAUGAAAAUGCAUGUAGAUUCUUUUUGUUUUUUAUUAGAGAAUCUUUGAAUGCAUUCACUUAAUAAACCUCCCAAAUCUA